UUCCCCUUUCCAUCUUCUUCUUCCCGUAUACACGUAUAUCUAUAUAUAUAUAUGCAGAUCUCGCUCUCUCUCUCUCCAUCGCUAUCUCAAAAAGGAUCAAACUGGUUUGAUCUAAGAGUCGAUACGUCGAAGGAGAUAGGCAGGAAGGUGGUAGCGGAAUUCAUCAUGGGCGUCCUCUUAGCUAUUGCUCGACAUCUAGAUGCAUUUUUGGGGCCGCUAGUGAUGCUCAUUUAUCCCCUGUAUUCAUCGAUACGUGCAAUCGAGAGCCCUUCUGCACUUGAUGAUCAACAGUGGCUCACAUAUUGGGUGCUGUACUCGUUAAUAGCCUUGUUUGAGCUCUCCUUCUGGAAAUUCCUUGUCUGGUUCCCGCUUUGGCCUUACAUGAAGCUGUUAGUUUCUUUAUGGUUGGUAUUGCCCGUAUUCAACGGAGCAGCUUACAUUUACGAGAAUGUAGUGAGAAAGCAGCUGAAGAUCGUAGAUCGCUUCGGCUCUUCCACCAUUACAGAUGAUCAGAGGAAGGUGUUGCAUAUGAUGAGCCUCGACGCAAGGCGAUCGGUUGAACGUUACAUCGAUGAAUACGGGCCGGAAGCCUUCGAAAGAGUUCUCAAAGCAGCGGAGAAGGAAGCGAAGAAACACCAGUCCUGAAUGGGAACUUCUGGAAAAUUCCUUGAUUGCUUCUGCCUAGUUCUAUAUGUACUUUAUGCUGAAAUUCUAACUUAAACUUCCUAUUUCUAUUUAUGUAAUUCCUCUCUACAUGAGAUAUAUAUCAAGGCAUCUCUCUUUUUACA